AUGGUUUUGUGGCAAGAUACCGUACCUCUGUUGAUAACCAACAACUGUGCGGACACGAUAUGGCCGGGUAUUUACACAACGUCGGGGACAGGCCCUGGAACCGGUGGCUUUGAGCUUGCAGCGGGCGCCAACAGGUCGUUCGAGGUUGGAUCAGAUUGGUAUGGGCGGAUAUGGGGGCGCACAAACUGCACAUCACCAUCAGAAGGCGUCUUGACAUGCACAACUGGCAGCUGUGGGCAGAUGGACUGCACACAAGCAUCUGGCAACCCACCAGCCACAUUAGCCGAGAUCCUCCUCUCCGGUGGAGUAGGCAACAACCAGAACUUCGUCGACAUCAGCAUCGUCGAUGGGUAUAACCUGCCACUGGCAAUGGAGUACCAGGCCAACCCCAACGGCCAACAGCCCCCUCCCAACCUAGUCAACCCAGCCUGCAUCGCAACAGCAGGCUACCUGUCACCACCCAACCGCACGGGCACGGAAUUCACCAACGAGACGUACCCCAUGCCAUACGAGACCAAGCAGACCUCAGAGAAAGUCGGCCACUGGUGCCCCUGGAACCUCCAGAUCCUCGACCCGCCCAAGCCGGGCGAGGGCGUCUACCCCUACCCGGACGACAGCACGCCGCGGCCCGUGUUCGACCCGUGCCUGAGCUCGUGCAAGAAGACCAACAGCGCCAAGGACUGCUGCGACGGCGAGUACAACGACCCGGAGAAGUGCCCGCGUAGCCUGUACGCGCGCCACGCCAAGCGCGUGUGCCCGGACGCCUACAGCUUCCCAUACGACGAUGGCGCCUCCACCUUUGUCAUCCCGGGGGGCGGCGGCUGGGGCGUCACCUUCUGCCCCGCCGGCAGGAGCACCGACAUCCUGCGGACGUUUGGCUCCCAGAUCAGCCAGUGGGCCGCGUCCGGGGACAUGUCGGAGGAUAUCCUGCAGGCGGCGAGGAAUGUCUCGUUCAUCGAGGCGCAGGGCGGCGCGGCUGGUCGUGGCGCGGGUGGCAACUUCUUGGGCAGGGUGUUUGUUGCGGUUGUUGUGUCUCUGGCAGUGAACGCUCUGUUGUGA